AAAAAAUUCCCAGAUUUGCCUCUGUUUACUAUAUUAUGUAAGAUUUCUUCUUUGUUUCCUUUAAUUUCAAUUUCCUUUGUGAACGUCGAGGAUGGCUGGUAUGAUUGUACUUCUCGUUACAAUGUUGGUUAUUCCACAUGUAUCAUCUAGAUGCGAGUUUGGCCGUCCUUUACCAAACGUCUUUUGUGGGCGUGGUCCUUCCAGACAAAACUGUCCUUCCGGAUAUACUUGUAACAUCGAUCCAGCGGACAGGUUCGCAGUUUGUUGUCCUAAAAGGGUCAUUCCAGAACCUUUAGCUUCAUGUAAGUUUGGAAGUCCUUUACCGAAUAUCUUUUGUGGGCGUGGUCCUUCCAGACAAAACUGUCCUUCCGGAUAUACUUGUAACAUCGAUCCAGCGGACAGGUUCGCAGUUUGCUGUCCUAACAAGGUCAUUCCAGAAUGUAAGGUUGGUCGUCCUUUACCAAAUGUCUUUUGUGGGCGUGGUCCCUCAAGACAAAACUGUCCCUGGGGGUAUUAUUGUAACAUCGACCCAGCAGAUAAAUUUGCAGUCUGUUGUCCGCGCAAGCGUACCCCACCCGCCUCUGCUAGAUGCAAAUGUGGUCAACCUAUUCCAAAUUAUUCAUGCGGUCGUGGUCCAUUUAGGAAGAAUUGUCCUCGUGGUUAUUUUUGUAAACGUGAAGUAUGCUGUCAAAGACGACGACGAUGCUACCAAUAACAACACACUCAAGAAGCCAUGAAUUAUGUCUUGGUCAUAGCAUAGGAAAAUUUAAGAGCUGAGAGAAUGUUAUUAUUCAAAGGAAACUUUAAUGAUAACGUACGUGUUUGUACAUAAAUCUUUUGCACACUCGAA